AUGGAGAUGUCGGAAGAUGGAGACAUCACAUGGGUAGAUGGAUAUAAAAGUCUGGAGUCAGGAGGAGGUGGCUGGUCUGGAGCUUUCAAAAGGACUAAACAGACCCUCAAGACUACUCCCUCUGGAACAAAGCAAAGGUCAACCAGGUUAGUGGAACAGCUGGGUCCCAGAUCAGGACACUGCUGUCUUACCUCCAGCCCUCAGAGCAAGACGGAUGAUCGAUCCACUGUGCCGUCAAGGGCUACCUGCAAGCUCCCUUCAGAGGAUUAUGAUGCAGAGUGGAGCAUAGACUAUGGGGGUGCAGUGAGAGUGAGGGUGACCUGUGAGGAAGUUACUGCCCCAGAGGAGGUGAGUGCUGGUGGUGGCUGGACAAGAUUGGUGGCUGUGCAGGGCCGUGUGGUCUUUGAGGACGUGGCCAUAUAUUUCUCCCAGGAGGAGUGGGACCUCCUUGAUGAGGCUCAGAGACGCCUGUACUGUCAUGUGAUGCUGGAGAACUUUGCACUUUUGUCAUCCAUAGGUGAGGCCCUCACAUCCGCUACAGUGUCCUGGGCUGGCGCUCAGGAUGAAGAGGCACCUUCAGAGCAAGGUGUUUCUGUAGGAGUGUCACAGGUCAGGACUCCAAAGCCAGGUCCAUCCAUCCAGAAUGCCCAUUCUUGUGAGAUGUGUGGCACACUCUUGAAAGAUAUUUUGUGCCUGGCUGAGCACAAUGGAACACACCCCAAGCAAGAGAUGUACACAUAUGUGGCAAAUCUUUCCCAGUACCAAAUGGAGCAGAGUAGAAGGAAACUGCCCAGAGGGGAUGAGAGGAGGCCUUCAUUUGUAAAGAACUGCAGCGUUCACUUGACAGAGAAGACCUUCACGUGCAGUGAAGGUGGGAAGGACUUUCCAGCCGGCACAGGCCUUCUCCAGCCCCCGCUCCCUCACAGUGAGAGGAAGCCACACAAGGAUACUGAGGGCAGGGAGACCUUUGAACAUGGACAAAAUGGUUACAAGUGUGGCAAAUGUGGGAAAGCCUUUAGCCACAAACAUAUACUUAUUGAACACCAGAAAAUCCACACUGGAGAAAGGCCUUAUGCCUACAGCAAAUGUGGGAAGACCUUUAUUAUAAGGUUCCACCUGCUUCAUCACCAGAAAAGCCACAAUAAAAUAAGGCUUUAUGAGCACCUUGAACGUGGAGGAUUCUUUACACAAAUGUCUGGCCUUAUUGAAAACCAGAGAAUUCACACUAGGCCAGUGCCUUAUGAGUGCAACCAGUGUGGAAAAGGCAUUAAUGACAGCUCCACACUCAUUAUUGAUCAGAGAGUUCAUACUGGAGAAAAUCCAUGUAAAUGCAGCGAAUGUGCGAAAUUCUUUAGGUACAGCCCCACGCUUGAGAGACAUCAGAAAACUCACAUUGGAGAAAGGCCUUAUGAGUGCAGCAUAUGAGGUAGACUCUUUAGCCAAAACUCCCACCUCAUUCAGCACCAAAAGGUUCACACCAGAGAAAGAACUUAUGAAUGUAGUGAAUGUGGAAAAUUCUUUAUGAACAGGUCCACGCUCAUUAUUCAUCAGAGAGUUCACACUGGGGGCAAGCCUUAUGAAUGCAGUGAAUGUGGGAAAGUCUUUAGAUACAACUCCAGCCUUAGUAAACAUCAAAGAAUUCACACUGGGGAAAAGCCAUAUAAAUACAGCGAAUGUGGGAAAUUCUUUAGGUACAGCUUCACACUCAAAAGAUAUCAGAGAGUUCACACUGGAGAAAGGUCAUGUGAGUGCAGUGUAUGUGGGAAACGUUUUAUGGACAGCUCCACACUUAUUAUUCAUCAGAGAGUUCACACCAGGGGAAGGUGUUUUGAGUGCAGCAAAUGUGGACAAUCCUUUAGGUAUAGCUCCACACUUGAAAGACAUCAGAAAGCUCAUACUGGAGAAAGGCCUUAUGAGUGCAAUGAAUGUGGGAAACUCUCUAGGUACAACUCAAAUCACAUUAGACAUCGGAAAAAUCAUACUGGAGAAAGGCCUUAUGAGUGCAACGAAUGUGGGAAACUCUUUAGCCAAAACUCCCACCUCAUUUGGCACCAGAAUGUUCACACCAGAGGAAAAACUUAUGAAUGUAGUGAAUGUGGAAAAUUCUUUAUGGACAGGUCCACACUCAUUAUUCAUCAGAGAGUUCAUACUGGAGAAAAGCCUUACGAGUGCAGUGAAUGUGGGAAAGGCUUUAGAUACUACUCCAGCCUCAGUAAACAUUGGCAAAUUCACACUGGGGAAAAGCCUUAUGAGUGCAUCAGCUGUGGGAGAGGCUUUAGCCAAAACUCGCAUCUCAUUAGGCACCAAGAAGUUCACACCAAAGAGAAGUGCAAACUUUUUUUCAAAGAAAACUCUGCUCUGAUUUAGCCCUGGGAAGUACUGUUAUGCAGGGUUUUUUUUAGUUGUAGUAAAAUAUAUGUAACAAAUUUUACAAUCUUAACCAUAUUUAAGUGUAAGGUUUGUUAAAAAAAUCAACUGAGUGAAUUUGAAAAUCUAAUUGGAGUUAUUCAAUGAUUCAUGAAUUGGGCAGCAUCUCAGAUAGCAAACUGAGAGACACGCUGAGGAAUUACAUGAAGUGGGAGGUUUUUAUAGGAAGGAGGUUGGGACAAAGAAAUUAUUAGCAAAAGAAAAUAAGGGGUUAUUUUUGGCCAGGACAUCUUUUUGUGUGUGUGUUCGGGGGACAUGGGACGGGACACACACCACGACAGUGAUGACAGUAUAGGUUUUAUCAUGCAGAUUACCUCUUUUUCCUCUGCGGGUAUAGAGGGGGCCCACUGGACGGAUUACCUCAUUGGAACUCACCAGAAAAUUCCAGACUGGCUGAUUAAGAUUUUACAUCUGAGGAAGGUCAAAAUUGCAAUUAGGUUAGGUAUUAAAUCUAAGUUUGGUAUCAUGGGCUUUAGCACGGUAAUACCAUUUUGGACCUGUGAUUUUCUCUUUAAUAAUUCCCCCCUUUUGAUUAGAUCCAGCUUGACUGAGAGAUGUGAUCCAAAUUUAAGGCAUCAGCACUAGUUUCAGCUACCGCUCUGUAGUUCUCACAGCUUUGUCGAUCUUUGGUGUGGCAUGACGUUUUUGCUUAAUCCCUGUAAUGUGGGUCACUGCCUUAUGUGUGUAGUGAAUGUAGGAAAGCAUUUAUUCUCAAACAUAAACUUGGUGAGCACCGGAGAAUCCACACUGGAGAAAGGCUGUAUGAGUGCAAGGAAUGUGAAAAGGCCUUCAUCAGAAAAUCCCACCUCCCUCAGCAUCACAAAAUCCACACUGGGGAAAAGCCUGAGGAGUGUGGCAAAUGUGGCAAGUCCAUUAGGCACCAAUCCAACCUCAUUAGACAUGAGAGAAUUCACAGUGGAGAAAGGUGAGGACAGUACAUGUGGGGAAUUAAUUAGGUACAACUCCAACCUCAUUCAUCUUCAGAGAAAUUUCACUGGAAAAGAGCAAUUAUGAUUGCAGUGAAGAUGGGAAAAUCUUUAGCUACAGCUCCACACUCAUUAGACAUGAGUUCAUAUUGGAAGAAGUCUUUAUGGUACAAUAAAUGUGGGAAGGCCUUUUUUUAAAAAAAAGUCUCACCUGGUUCAUCACCAGAAAAUCCACACCAAAGACAGGCUUUGUGAGCACCAUGAAUGGGGGAAUUCUUUAUACAAAUAUCUUUCCUUGUUGAACACCAGAGAAUUUACACUAGGCCAGGGCUUUGAGUUGAGCAAAUGUGGCAAGGCCUUUGUUAGAAAGUCUCACCCCGUGGUCACCAGAAAACCCACACUGGAGGAAAGCCUUAUGAGUGCAGCUAACGUGGAGAAUUAUUUCGGUACAAUCCAGCCUCAUUAAACUUUAGAGAAUUCAUGCUGGGUAAGGGUAUCAUGAGUGCAGAGAAUGUUUGAAAUCCCUUAAGUACAGCUCCUGACUUCGACAUCGGAGCGUUCACACUGGCUAAGGCCUUAGGAGUGAGUGCAGGGAAUGUGGGGGUCUUUAGCCGAAACUCCUACCUCAUUCAGCACCAGGGAAAGAACUUGUGAGUACCUGGCAAAUGGAGAAACAUUUCAGCCAAAAAUCUGUUCUAACUUAGCACUGGAAACUACUGUAAUACAGGUUUGGUUUUUUUAAAAAAAUUGUGGUAAAAUACACAUCACAAAAUGUACCCUCUUAACGUUUUCAGUGUACGGUUCACUAAUAUUAAGUCCGUUCUCGUUGUGCAGUGGAUAGCCAUAAUUCUCUUCAUCUUGUAAAACUUCCUUAACAUUCUCCCCCUAACCCUUGCAACCACCAUUCUAUUUUGUGUCUUCAUAAAUUUGACUCCUCUAGGUCCCUCACAGAAGAAUCAAAGUUUUCAUCUUUUUGUGACUGCCUUAUUUCAUAUUGCUAACAUCCUCAAGGUUUAUCCGUGUUGUAGCUUGUGUCUGAAUUUCCUUCCAUUUUAAGGCUGAAUCAUAUUUCCUUGUAUGUUUGUGCCACUUUUUCUUUAUCCAUUCAUCUGCCCGUGAACACUUGGGUUGCUUCUACCUUUUGGCUAUUGUGUUUAGUGCUACUAUGGGCAUGAGUGUACGAGUAUUUCUUUGACAGCUUGCUCUCGAUUCUUUUUGUGUAUAUCCCAAAAUGUGGAAUUGCUGGAUCAUAUGUAUUGCCAUGUGUAACUUUUUUCUUUUGAGGAAGAUUAGCCCUGAGCUAACAUUUGCCACCAAUCCUCCUCUUUUUGCUGAGGAAGAUUGGCCCUGAGCUAACAUCUGUUCCCAUCUUCCUCUACUCUAUGUGUGGGAUGCCUGCCACAGCAUGGCUUGAUAAGCAAUGCAUAGGUUCACGCCUGGCAUGCUAACCAGUGAACACAACACCGCCGAAGUGGAGCACACAAACUUAACUGCUGUGCCUCUGAGCCAGCCCUGCCAUUUUUAAUUUUUUGAGGCACUGUCUUCCAUAAUGGUGGCACCAUUAUACAUUCCACCAGCUGUGCAUGAGGUUUCCGUUUUUUCUUUAUCCUUGCUAACACUUUGGUUUUUUGAUAGUAGCUAUUCUAGGGGUGUAUCUCAUUGUGGUUU